UACAGACAUUUCUUUCAAAAAGACAGAGUAAGAAAUUAUUAAUUUUAAAUUUGAUCCCAGUAAUUUGUAACGUAUUCGUUUCUUGGACCUGAAUGAUCACACCACCCGUGGAAUAAAGAGGAUGAUAUUGUGAAAGCGUGUGUGUAUGAGCUUAUUCGGGUAUAUGUGUGUAUUUAAGUGUAACAUUGCAGUAUAAAGCAGCAAGAAAAAAAUCAGCUUGAGAAUACGGUUGAGCAGCCAAAAAUGAAUAAAGUGCCUAGUACAAAGUAUUAACUAUCGAAUAGAAUAAACGAGAAAAGGCAUUCCGAGCAUCGGAAAAAGAUCUGAGAGAUUGUAAACACUCGGUAAUUUCAAUCGAAACCGCGGUAAGAGAGAAAAAAGCGCGCCAUACGUUAAGAUUGAUCCCGCAAAACUUCGGAGUCCCAGUUGUGUGCGUGCGUGCGUGAGUGCGCGCGCGCGUGUGUACGUGCAUGUCAGGCUGCGGCGAGAGAGAGACGACGCGGAAGGAGGGAGACAGUUGGGAAGUACAAAAAGACGAGAUCGUGGCGAGCAGGGCCAAGCUGGAGGGACCGAGAAAAGGAGAACAGGAUACAAUGAGUGGAACCCAAAACAAUGCAAUGUCUUUGGCUAAUCCAUCAGCAAUUCAUUUGGGUCCAAUAUUGGCUCCUGGAAGCAAUGAAACAAUUUCCAUAGUCAUUCCACUCUCUGCUCAGCUAGCCACUCUAUCCAGAAAUGCAGCUGUUCAGCAGCAAGUAGUUUGUAAACAAGAACCUGUCGAUAACAAGGACAAAAAAUCACCACCUAAGCGAGCAAAGACUAAUCCGCCUCGAAUAAAAGAGGACAAAACCAAAGGUUGUCCUUAUCCAAAUUGUAGCAGAUAUGGAAGAGCAUUUUCAAGGGCCCAUGACUUAAAACGUCACAUAGCCCGACAUGAGUCAAGAGAGAACAAAACAACAGAUGCACAACAUCAACAGAUAUAUCCUUGUUUGGUGUGUGGUGCCCAUUUCUACAACGAACUUAUUUUGCAGAGGCACAAAUUGAUUCAUGAAAAUGGCGCAAAUUCGAUAACGUCUACAAGUGGUCCACCAUACACCUGCAACUUUUGUAAAAAAAAUUUUGAACACGAGGGUCUCCUCAAUGCCCAUUUGCCUAUUCAUAUUAAGAGUGAGCCCUUCCUUGCGUUUCAGCACACGACGUCGACGAUGCCCUCGGCAUCGCGCUAUCAGCCCCCUAACGGCCCUGGCACGACGGCUGCUUCCUCCAUAGCAUCGACAGCCUCGACGCCUGUGACCAUGAUGCCGAGUGCCUCAUCGGUACCCUCAACGGAUGACGAUUACCGCCUCGAGGAUAUGCUGCUAUUGCGUCGUGGAGGUAACGCCGGCCCCGGCGGCCCCCACAAGGUGCCCGCGGCUCAUCUCGGCAGCGCCUCGACUUCCUCUUCGUCUUCGUCUUCGUCGCCCUCAUCUGGACCCGCAGGCGUCUCCAAAAUUCGCUGCGAAUAUUGCAGCAAGACUUUCAAGACUAAGUGGACACUCAGCUCACACGUGGCCGCACACGAAGGUCGCUUUCAGUACCAAUGCUGCAUCUGCAGUAAGCGCUUCGUCAGGAAGAGCCAUUAUGAAAGUCAUGUGAGGUCGCACGACGCCGCAAGACCUUAUGUUUGCGAGCAUUGCGGUAAGACAUUUAAAGAGAGUAAACAUAGAAGAGAGCACUUAAAGCGAAAGCACCCAAGCAACCGAAAUGCCAUACAAUCAUUAUUGGAUAGCAUCAGCGCAUGCGUCAACGAAGAAGCUGCUGCUGCCGCUGCCGAACAGGCCAAACUCACUAUACUCAUGCCGAUGAAUUUCAGCACUUAAAAGCAAAAGAUUUUUAGUUUCUGGAUUUUUUUAUAAUGGAAAAAAAGGGAGUUCAACAUCCAAAAUACCAAAGAUCUUAAUGAAGCUGCGGAAUAAGCGCUUCAAUAGACUUAGAGUAAUUUGGAAAAAUGCCUCGAUGUAAUGUAAACAAUUUGUUAAACUUGAAGCUCCAUUUAAUAAAGAUUUCGACAAAUAAAGCGAUUGGAAGAGUUGAUUAAAUGUACUUAAUGAAGAGAUUACUUUCGUACGGUAAAUUAAAGGGAUACAACACAACAUUACACACAAAAAUUAUUUUGCGUACCAGAAUUUCAUUUUCGACAAUUGUAUGAUAUGCCGAAUCCUUUUAAACAGAAUGUAAGAGAAUAUCAAUAAAAAAUGUUUACUCUUUUCAAAUUAA